CUUUAUUCGUAGCAACAGGCACCGCAAUGACCGCGCAAGUUUCCAGCUUUAAUGAGGAGUAAUUCUCAGUUUUUUAUGUCCAUGUGGGCUGACGGAGCGCCCGAACAACAAACAAGACUACAAGAAGCCAGCGGGUGCACGCUGGCCAUCGAUAACGGUCGACUUGCCGUGGAAAAGAGAUUUGUCCGCAUUGGGCUCCCGUCCAACAGCCAGCUGGCUGGCUUUGUUUCAGUCACGAACGAAGACGAGACGAGGAAAAUCACAGCAACAAAGUUACCAGCUGCAGCCAACGCCAAGUGGUGCAGUUGGACGCGUGAUCUCUAAAUAUAUGGGUGCGGAGAAAAUUGAUGGAGAGCAGCACACAGAGGAAGCAAAUACUGGAAAGACGACGUUUCUAUGCCUUUCUGAAGAUAAGCAGGAGGUGACCUCUCCAGACAACACCGCGCGCCUGCGUCUGCCGUCUGACGUGAGUCACUGACCGCCAUACACGGACAGCCAUGAUGACCGAGCUCGAGAUUGACCAGUCACACCUGCCUCGCGUGCAGAAAGUGUGCCAGUGCUUCGCGGUGCUGGAAGACGGGGUCUUGGCUCAUAGCCUGCAGGAACAGGAGAUUGAGCAGCACUACAGCUCAAACGUGCAGAAGAGUCAGCGGGUUCAGACGGAUCUCCGGGUCGCCAAGCGGCUGCAGGACGAGGAGGAGAGAGAAGCCCCCCUGAGCCAGACUGCGCGGCGGCUGGAGGAGCAGGACUUUGAGUACGCGCUCAUGAUUCAGGACGAGAUUCAGCGCUGCGCGGAAGAGGCGAGGAGGAGGGAGCGAGAGGACGAGGAAGUGGCAAAGCGAAUACAGGAAGAGGAAGAGAUGGGUGCCAAACAUAGGAAACUGGAGAGCGGUUGUCAUGGGAACUCAACCGCCUUCCCUCUCUGUGAAGGGGCGGAGCUUUGGCAGAGAGGGGCGGGGUUGUGGCAGAGAGGGGCGGGGCUAGAGCUGGGAUCCCUGCAGCAGGUGUUGCUGGACCAGGAGCUGGCCUGGAGCCUACAGGAAGAGGAGGAGGACAUCCACAGGAAGUUACGCAGAGGGUCCCGCUCCCCUCCCCGCCCACCGAGCGCCGACCCAGAGGACGACUUUCGAGCGGCCCAAGUGGCCCAGGACGAGGAGAUUGCACGCUUUAUGCAGAGGCAGGAAAUGAAGACAAAGUGGCGGUCAUGUGACCUGGAGGGUCAGGGGUCACGGGGAGAGCGUGACGACUCGGGUGACACACGCCAGAGCAGAGAGUGUCCGGAACGAAAGCUGCAGGUGCAGAGGGAGGAGCCACCCUCAGCCAAUGAGGAGAGAAUCGAUCCCAAACCUGCCAGCACUGCACAUCAGCGGCAGCCAAUCAGAAACAUUGCAGAGGAGCUGGAUCCGACCUUCAAAGCCCGGAGAAAGGGGAUGAGCCAAGCCAGGCCGACCAGCUCCGAUCUUUGCCUGACCCCUCCCACUCCACACCGCGGUUUCCACGACUACGUGGACGAGCCCUUGUUCAUCCCGCCCACCAAGCGGCGGAGUGACAGAUCGGGGCGCGGAAAAGCCAAAGAGAAGAAGGAGGGCUGUAAGCAGCAGUGACCACGCCCUGCUACCCCCCCCCCCCGCCCGCCCCCUCCUCUGGUCCCCUACCGCCCCCUACAGGUGAACAGAGUAUACCGGAGGAGUCUCCUGGGGGGUGGAAGGAUUUCUACCGGAUAUAGUUUGACGGGGGGAGGCACCGCAGUCACUCAAUCAAAAAAAAACAAACAAAACACAAAGCUGUCGCAGUGGUCCGUGGGAACGCGGGACUAAUCUCAGCCCGUGGGAUUUUUGUGCUCUCUUGCCCUGGGUUUUUUCCCGUUGAUUAUGUUUGCACUUGUGUUGUGCAAACAACCAGCGGGGGGUGAGGUGGGAGAUGAAAUUCGCUAUGAGUCAUCAUCGAUGGUGCGAUAGGACUUCCGGAACCCAGUGCACGCGACCCCGCCCCUGACCUCCUGAACUCGUGUCAGUGACGCACGUUUUCCGGCGUUUGGGCUGGAGGCGCGCCCGGGCGGCAUUCCUCGUCCCGCGCCUGCGAUUAGUCACCUGGAGCGCCGUCAGAAUGGAAGCGAAACCGUAAGAGCGCAGGCUUACCCUGCGCUGCCGUGGAGCGCAGGCACUUUCAGGAGCUGUGACUCAGGUUGGAGUCCUAAGAACAGCGGGAGAAACAUAGCUGCGUUCAGCUGAAUUGUGGGUAAUGCGGUCGGACCUGGCCAGCGCUACACCGUGCACUGAGUGUGUAAAGCACUAUUGCUCACCGGGAAGAAAAACUACAAAUCCUGAAUUCACAGAAAUUUCAUCUAUUAAGUUUCAUAUCAUAUACAAGCACGUGUAAAUGGUUAGCUAAUGAUUAGCUUACAAUCACUCUGUCUUUCACACACUCACACACACACACACACACUUCUUAAUUGCUUUUUUGUGGUGCUGGGGUAGUAGAGGAGCAGUGUUAUUGCAGAACAUGGCUAACAUAGCUAAUGUAUAUAUUUAUGUACAUUUUAGCCAAAUGUUUCCCUCUCUACAACCAUUUUAGAGCUUUUAUUUUAUAUAUGUAGACACUAAAUAAUAAUAGCUUUGUUUACGGAGAAUUUCUGUUUUUCAAUGUGUAGUUUUGUGUGUAUAUCUAUUUUGUAAGUCCUCGUUAAGUUACAAAGCUUUUAUUCAUCAAUGCUUUUGCCAAUUUAGCUUCUAAAUAUUUAAAAUGUUCCGUAGACCUUUUUAUAGCCUUAAUUGAAAUGCAUUGGCGUUCGAACACCUCCUUCUUUCUGACAAUCGUUAUAUUGAAUUUGCAAACGAAAACCAAAUUUACAUGAACUGGGGAAUUACUGUCGCCUUGGAAACUCCAGGACUGUGUAGUGAAUAGCACUGAAUUCCCCCCCCCCCCCACCCCCAUAAGCGCUUAGAGUUUACUGACCUCCUCUGCGUCUGUUCUUUGUAAAAUAGCAGGGCUGUUGUGAAAGGAAGGGGCGUACGGGAACGGCCCCGUCCGCUGCGAAAAAAACACGCCCAAACUGACCUUUUGAAAAAAAUAAAUGUUUGAAAAAAGCUGAA